UGUGUGCAAGUGGCUCCAAGAAGGCUCCAGGGCUGUGUUCUCGUGUCUCGACUAGCCCAAAAGUCUCGUAAGCCCCUCCGAAAUGCCGAAGCCACAAGUACAAGAGGGCGAGGACCCCGAUCCGACCCCAUACCUGUUCGUCUCUCUCGAACAAAAGCGUAUCGACCAGAGCAAGCCCUACGAUGGCAAGAAGGCUUGCUGGGUUCCAGACGAAAAAGAGGGCUUCGUGCAGGGUGAAAUUAAGGCCACCAAGGGCGACCUGGUGACCGUUAACCUUCCCGGAGGCGAGACCAAAGACUUCAAGAAGGACCUAGUAGCACAAGUCAACCCGCCUAAGUACGAAAAAUGUGAGGAUAUGUCCAACUUGACAUACCUCAACGACGCUUCGGUUUUGUAUAACUUGAAGCAGAGAUAUUACCAUAAGCUUAUUUACACGUACUCGGGUCUCUUCUGUGUCGCCAUCAACCCUUACAAGAGAUUCCCCGUGUACACGUUCCGAUGUGCCAAGCUUUACCGAGGCAAGCGUCGUUCGGAAGUGCCACCCCACAUUUUCGCCAUUUCCGACGGCGCCUACGUCAACAUGUUGACCAACCACGAGAAUCAAUCUAUGUUGAUUACCGGUGAGUCUGGUGCCGGAAAGACUGAGAACACGAAGAAGGUAAUUGCUUACUUCGCCACCGUUGGUGCAGCGCAAAAGAAGGACCCUACCCAGGACAAGAAGGGAUCCCUGGAAGACCAGGUCGUCCAAACUAACCCUGUGCUUGAAGCCUUCGGUAACGCCAAGACUGUGCGUAACGACAACUCCUCCCGUUUCGGUAAAUUCAUCCGUAUUCACUUCGGCCCCUCUGGAAAACUGGCUGGUGCUGACAUUGAGACCUACCUGCUCGAGAAGGCUCGUGUAAUUUCCCAGCAAGCCCUUGAGCGUUCUUACCACAUCUUCUACCAGAUGAUGUCUGGUUCCGUAAGCGGUCUUAAAGACAUGUGUCUGCUGUCAAACGACAUAUAUGAUUAUUACAUCGUAUCGCAAGGAAAAACUACAAUCCCAAACGUAGAUGAUGGCGAGGAAUGUCUUUUGACCGAUCAAGCCUUCGACAUUCUUGGUUUCACUCAAGAAGAGAAGGACAAUGUUUACAAGAUCACCGCCGCUGUAAUGCACAUGGGUUGUAUGAAGUUCAAGCAGAGGGGUCGUGAAGAACAGGCUGAAGCUGAUGGCACUGAGGAUGGUGAAAAGGUUGCCAAGCUGCUCGGCGUUGACUGCCCGGACCUGUACAAGAACUUACUGAAGCCCCGCAUCAAGGUCGGAAACGAGUUCGUGACCCAGGGUCGUAACAAGGACCAAGUCACCAACUCCGUCGGUGCUCUUUGUAAGGGCAUGUUCGAUCGUCUCUUCAAGUGGCUCGUCAAGAAGUGUAACGAAACCCUAGACACCAAACAGAAGAGACAGCACUUCAUCGGUGUACUGGAUAUUGCUGGUUUCGAAAUCUUCGACUACAACGGUUUCGAGCAACUCUGCAUUAACUUCACAAACGAGAAGCUCCAGCAAUUCUUUAACCAUCACAUGUUCGUACUCGAACAAGAGGAAUACAAGAAAGAGGGCAUCAACUGGACUUUCAUCGAUUUCGGAAUGGACUUGUUAGCUUGUAUCGAUUUGAUCGAGAAGCCUAUGGGUAUCCUCUCAAUUCUUGAGGAAGAGUCUAUGUUCCCGAAAGCUACCGACCAGACAUUCGUUGAGAAGUUGAACAACAACCACUUGGGUAAAUCUGCUCCUUACCUGAAGCCUAAACCCCCCAAGCCUGGUUGCCAAGCCGCUCACUUCGCUAUUGGUCACUACGCCGGUAAUGUCGGUUACAACAUCACCGGAUGGCUGGAAAAGAACAAGGACCCUCUUAACGACACUGUCGUUGACCAGUUCAAGAAGGGUGCCAACAAACUGUUGGUGGAAAUUUUCGCUGACCAUCCUGGCCAGUCUGGUGAUGCUGGUGCUGGUGGUGGCGGCAAGGGCGCUGGAGGCAAGCGUGCUAAGGGUUCUGCUUUCCAGACCGUGUCAUCACUUUACAGGGAACAACUUAACAAUUUGAUGACAACGCUGAGGUCCACUCAACCUCACUUCGUGCGUUGUAUCAUUCCCAAUGAAUUGAAACAGGCUGGUCUCAUCGACUCUCACCUUGUGAUGCACCAGCUCACCUGUAACGGUGUGCUUGAAGGCAUCCGUAUUUGCCGUAAAGGUUUCCCCAACAGGAUGGUCUACCCUGACUUCAAGCUCCGCUACAAGAUCCUGGCCCCUCAAGCAGCGGAAAAAGAAACUGACCCUAAGAAAAUCGCCCAAGUCAUCUUAGAAGCUACGGGCUUGGAUGUCGAGUCCUACCGUCUGGGUCAUACCAAGGUAUUCUUCCGCGCUGGUGUUCUGGGUCAGAUGGAAGAGUUGCGUGACGACAGACUGUCUAAGAUCGUAUCUUGGCUCCAGGCCUACAUCCGCGGUUACCUUUCCCGUAAGGACUUCAAGAAGUUGCAGGAACAGAGAUUGGCUCUCCAAGUUGUCCAACGCAACUUGCGCAAGUACUUGCAGCUCCGCACCUGGCCAUGGUGGAAACUGUGGCAGAGGGUCAAGCCCCUCCUCAACGUCACCCGCGUCGAGGAUGAGAUCGCGAAACUGGAGGAGAAGGCUCAAAAGGCCCAGGAGGCUUUUGAGAAGGAAGAGAAGCUCCGCAAGGAGGUCGAGGCCCUCAACUCUAAACUGCUUGAGGAGAAGCAGGCCCUACUUGCUUCUCUCGAGGGAGAGAAGGGUUCUCUCUCUGAAACCCAGGAGCGUGCCAACAAACUCCAAGCACAGAAGGCUGAUCUCGAGGGUCAACUUAGGGACACACAAGACCGUCUCACCCAGGAGGAGGAUGCCCGCAACCAGCUAUUCCAAGCCAAGAAGAAGUUGGAACAGGAAAUCUCUGGCCUGAAGAAAGAUGUAGAAGACCUCGAACUUAACAUCCAGAAGUCUGAACAAGACAAGGCUACCAAAGACCACCAAAUCCGCAACUUAAACGAUGAAAUCGCCCACCAGGACGAGCUCAUUAACAAACUCAACAAGGAAAAGAAACUUCAAGGAGAAUCUAACCAGAAGACCUCUGAGGAGCUGCAAGCCGCCGAAGACAAGGUUAACCACCUUAACAAGGUCAAGCAGAAGCUCGAGCAGACCCUUGAUGAGCUCGAAGACUCAUUGGAGCGUGAAAAGAAACUGCGUGGUGAUGUUGAGAAGCAGAGGAGGAAGGUUGAAGGCGACCUUAAACUUACCCAGGAAGCCGUCUCUGACCUCGAACGCAACAAAAAGGAACUCGAACAAACUAUUCAGCGCAAGGACAAGGAAAUCUCAUCUCUCACUGCCAAGCUCGAAGACGAACAAUCUUUGGUCAGCAAGGUCCAGAAACAGAUCAAGGAACUGCAAGCCCGCAUCGAGGAACUGGAAGAAGAAGUCGAAUCCGAACGCCAGGCCCGUGCUAAGGCUGAGAAGCAGCGCGCUGAUCUCGCUCGUGAACUCGAAGAGUUGGGUGAACGUCUCGAGGAAGCCGGUGGUGCCACCUCUGCCCAAAUUGAACUCAACAAGAAGCGUGAGGCUGAGCUCAGCAAGCUCCGUCGUGACUUGGAGGAGGCUAACAUUCAGCACGAGUCCACCCUCGCCAACCUCCGCAAGAAGCACAACGAUGCCGUUGCGGAAAUGGGUGAGCAGCUCGACCAGCUCAACAAGCUUAAGGCUAAGGCUGAGAAAGAGCGCUCUCAAUACUUUAGCGAAGUCAAUGACCUUCGCGCCGGUCUCGACCACUUGUCCAACGAAAAGGCUGCUCAAGAAAAGAUCGUCAAGCAACUUCAACACCAGCUCAACGAGGUUCAAGGCAAGGCUGAUGAAUCCAACCGCACCCUCAACGACCUGGAUGCCGCUAAGAAGAAGUUGUCGAUUGAGAACUCCGACCUGCUCCGCCAGUUGGAGGAGGCUGAGUCCCAGGUGUCGCAGCUCUCCAAGAUUAAGGUGUCGCUCACCACACAGUUGGAGGACACCAAGAGGCUCGCUGACGAAGAGGCCAGGGAACGCGCUACUUUGCUCGGCAAGUUCCGCAACCUCGAACACGAUUUGGACAACAUCCGCGAGCAAGUGGAAGAGGAAGCCGAAGGCAAGGCUGACCUACAGCGUCAACUGUCCAAGGCUAACGCUGAAGCUCAACUCUGGCGCUCCAAGUACGAGUCCGAAGGUGUUGCUCGCUCCGAGGAACUCGAAGAAGCCAAGCGCAAACUUCAAGCCCGUCUCGCCGAAGCCGAAGAAACUAUCGAGUCUCUCAACCAGAAGGUUGUUGCUCUCGAGAAGACCAAGCAGCGUCUUUCCACCGAAGUCGAGGACUUGCAACUCGAGGUUGACCGUGCCACUGCCAUCGCUAACGCUGCUGAGAAAAAACAGAAGGCGUUCGAUAAGAUCAUUGGUGAAUGGAAACUCAAGGUCGAUGACCUUGCUGCUGAACUUGACGCCAGCCAAAAGGAAUGCCGUAACUACUCUACCGAAUUAUUCCGCCUUAAGGGUGCCUACGAGGAAGGUCAGGAACAACUCGAGGCCGUACGCCGUGAAAACAAGAACCUCGCUGAUGAAGUCAAGGAUCUCCUUGACCAGAUUGGCGAAGGUGGCCGCAACAUCCAUGAAAUCGAGAAGGCCAGGAAGCGUCUUGAAGCCGAAAAGGACGAACUCCAAGCUGCUCUCGAGGAAGCCGAAGCAGCUCUUGAACAAGAAGAGAACAAGGUUCUGCGCGCUCAACUCGAGCUGUCUCAAGUCAGACAGGAGAUCGACAGGAGGAUCCAGGAGAAGGAAGAAGAAUUCGAAAACACCCGCAAGAACCACCAACGUGCCUUGGACUCUAUGCAAGCUUCCCUUGAAGCAGAGGCUAAGGGCAAGGCUGAGGCCCUGCGCAUGAAGAAGAAGUUGGAGGCUGACAUCAACGAGCUCGAGAUCGCCCUCGACCACGCCAACAAAGCUAACGCUGAAGCCCAGAAGAACAUUAAACGUUACCAGGCACAGAUCAAGGACCUCCAAACUGCCUUGGAAGAAGAACAGCGUGCUCGUGAUGAUGCCCGCGAACAGCUUGGAAUCUCAGAGCGUCGUGCAAAUGCCCUCCAAAAUGAGCUCGAAGAAUCGCGUACGCUUCUUGAACAAGCCGACCGUGCCCGCCGCCAAGCUGAACAAGAACUUGGUGAUGCCCACGAACAGCUCAACGAACUUUCUGCUCAAAGCGCUUCCCUCUCUGCUGCUAAGAGGAAACUCGAGUCCGAGCUCCAGACCCUGCACUCUGACCUUGAUGAACUCCUUAACGAGGCUAAGAACUCCGAGGAGAAGGCAAAGAAGGCCAUGGUUGAUGCUGCCAGGCUUGCCGACGAACUCCGUGCUGAGCAAGAACACGCCCAGACACAGGAGAAACUUCGCAAGGCACUUGAACAGCAGAUCAAGGAAUUGCAAGUCAGGCUUGACGAAGCUGAAGCUAACGCGCUCAAGGGAGGCAAGAAGGCCAUCCAGAAACUUGAACAAAGAGUCAGGGAGCUUGAAAACGAGCUCGACGGUGAACAGAGGAGGCACGCUGAUGCACAGAAGAACCUGCGCAAGGCUGAGAGACGCAUCAAGGAAUUAACCUUCCAGGCUGAAGAAGACCGCAAGAACCACGAACGUAUGCAGGACCUGGUUGACAAACUGCAGCAGAAGAUCAAGACCUACAAGAGGCAGAUCGAAGAAGCCGAAGAGAUCGCCGCCCUUAACUUGGCUAAGUUCCGUAAGGCACAGCAGGAAUUGGAAGAAGCUGAAGAAAGGGCAGACCUUGCCGAGCAAGCUAUCAGCAAAUUCCGUGGCAAGGGACGCGCGGGAUCAGCUGCGAGAGGAGUCAGUCCGGCGGCGUCCGUUAAAGGGCGUCCAUAGAUCACCACUGGAUCACAUCCCCAACGUACGCGCCCCGCCUUUGACGGUUUCGGCACCUUCCCACCAAGGUUCGACCUGGCGCCCGAAAACGAUUUCUAAACGUUCCACUACAGAAAUUAACAAACGGACUGUACAGAUGUUUCGUUAUACCAACAUUUUUAUACAAUAGCAAAUAUAAGACAGCGUGAACCAAAAAGAGCUGUACCAAAAAUGUUACGCCCAAAAAUUAAACUCUAGUAAUAUUAAUGUUUUUACGAAAGGUUAUUUUGUAUCUUGUUGAUAUUUAUUUAUAAUUAUUUAUAACCGUGAAGUAUGUAUUGCGCGAGGCGGAGGAUGGGUGGGCGUGCACCCGCACCUAAGAGACACGACUUCCAACUUUUUUACGGAGCCGCACGCGCAUCCAUCGCUCGCCUUUUUUGACAUCCAAUAAAGCGAUAUCGUUGUCAUAAAAUAUUAACAAA